CACCCCAUCAACAACCACGCGCAGAUUAGCGCGUCCACGUGGUGUAUCAAGCGUGUACGAGAUAUUACAGACACUGCAUCACAGCUCAUUCAAUUUCUAUCCAGACGCCGACCAAUUCAGAGACAGCUAUGGCUUCCGGGGUGACAGUGACAGAUGAUGUUAUCACAGUCUUCAACGAGAUGAAGGUGCGCAAGUUGCAGGCUAACGAGGAUGAGAAGAAGAAGAGGAAGAAGGCAGUGCUGUUCUGCCUUAGUGAGGACAAGAAGCACAUCAUCCUGGAGGAGGGUCAGGAGAUCCUAACAGGAGACGUGGGCGUCACCGUCCAGGACCCCUACCUGCACUUUGUCAAGAUGCUGCCCGCAGACGACUGCCGCUACGCCCUCUACGACGCCACCUAUGAGACCAAGGAGACAAAGAAAGAGGACCUGGUCUUUAUCUUCUGGGCCCCAGAUGGUGCUCCCCUGAAGAGCAAGAUGAUCUACGCCAGUUCAAAGGAUGCCAUCAAGAAGAAGUUCACAGGUAUCAAACAUGAGUGGCAAGUGAACGGUUUGGAAGACAUCAAGGACCGACGCACCCUUGCAGACAAGCUCGGAGGCUCAUCGGUAGUCACCCUGGAAGGAAGCCCUAUAUAAAUCUAGCCCCGGGCUUCAACUGAAGCCAGACACAUCCGAGGGGUUUGGCUGUUCAUUCCAAUAUGGUUGGGAGGCGGGGCAGAGCAGGACCAGGAUCAUUUGUGGGACUGUUGGGGGGGAGGGGGGUUGUGGGAGGGGGGUGGGGUGAAAGUGACAGUUUUCAAAUUCCACAACUGCAGGCUGUCAUUCCAGUUCACACAACACAAUGAAAAUGAACAAAAUACACAGAAAAAAAUUAAUACAAAAUUGAUGAAGGAUGAUUAUGAAGACUAAAUACACAAUGUAAAUGUUUGAGGACAGGGUUUUGUUCUUUCUGGAUUCCAUUAGAAUGACGAUGGCAGAGAAAGGGACAGGGCAACCACUCUACAAUUCCAACUAUUGAAUCCUGCAAGAUAAUAUUCUUAAUUAUACAACUACUUUUUUUUGCCAAACUUUUAGUUAAGUUUUCUAAGUGUGUAGUUGAGACUAGGUGUAGUACAAAACAAUUUACUCUUGAUCGAUUUGCACAAGAUUCAUCAACCUACUCCAGGGGAACACGUUUGCAUUAUUAUUUUUUACAUGCAAAUUCCAAAACGUUUGAAGAGUUUCCAGUUCUGAGUAAAAAACAUGGCAUUGAUGUAAUAAUUUAACACAUUCCUUAUACUUGUUAAACAACAGGAUCUGGUGGGGUUAGAAGUCUGAAUUGGGUAGUGUGAAGGUAAGAUGGGGAGCGACGUAUUUGAACAGCCUGUGUUCAGAACUUGGACUGGUAUUGAAUGGUGGAUGUUUUGUAUGGUCUCCUUGUCUCUAAUAAAAAGGCACUAAACGCGUAACUUUA